AUGGCGGGCGACAAUUCUACAAGACACAAGACUUUCUUCGAUAUCUCAAUUGGGGGAAAACCGCAGGGCAGAGUCGUGUUCGAGCUGUACAACGACGUCGUCCCCAAGACCGCAGAGAACUUCUACCAGCUGUGUAAAGGCAAUGAGGGGAAGAUGUGCACGACAGACCCCUCGAAGCCACUGUGCUACAGGGGAUCCAUCUUUCACAGAGUCAUCAAGGAGUUCAUGUGCCAGUUCGGUGACUUCACUAUGGGGAACGGCACAGGUGGUGAGUCCAUCUACGGUGAGAAGUUCGAGGACGAAAACUUCAGUGUCAAACACGAUAAACCUUUCCUGCUUUCCAUGGCCAAUGCGGGGCCCAACACUAACGGGUCCCAGGCGUUCAUAACUUGCGUGCCAACGCCACACCUCGACGGGAAACACGUCGUCUUUGGAGAGGUCAUACAGGGGAAGAGGAUCGUCAAGCUUAUUGAGGGACAGCAGGUCAACCAGGAUAACGACUUACCCCUCCACGAGGUGAAGAUUGACGACUGUGGCGUCCUGUCUGACGAUUAUACCGUCCCCGAAAACGCAGAGGCCACACCCACGGACGAGUUCGGCGACAACUACGAGGACUCCUUGAAGGCAGACUCGAAGGUCGACCUGUCAGACUUUAACAGUGUCAUAAAAGCCGUUGAGUCCGUCAAGGCCAUUGCCACGGAACAGUUCAAGAAGCAGAACUACGCAGUGGCCCUCGAAAAGUACACCAAGUGCGAUAAAUUCCUCAAGGAGUACUUCCCUGACGACCUCGCAGAGGACCAGAUUAACCAGAUCAACAACUUGAAAGUCACCGUGCCCCUCAACAUCGCGUUGACAGGUUUGAAACUGGGCGAGUACCAGACUGUCCUCACCGCGGGGUCGGAAGUGCUUUACGCAGAGGCCGCAGACGAGCUAGCAAAGGCAAAGGCCCUGUACCGCCGUGGGCUCGCAUACUACCACGUCAACGACACCGACCUCGCCAUGAACGACCUCGAAAUGGCCAGCACUUUCCAUCCAAAUGAUGCAGCAAUCCAAAAGGCCAUCAGGGACACAAAGACGAAGAGGAAAGAACAAAGGGAGAAGACAAAGAAAUCGCUGUCCAAAAUGUUCUCCUGA